CUGGGUACUUUAACAAUACCAGGAUCAGGCGGCACCUCCUAAGAUCCGGGCUGAUCACGAGAAGUGGGAGAAUACUUUCUGAAAAGGAAUACAAAGUGAACAACAUGAAGCAGGAUCACCAAAAAUACGUCCGAGAGUGCUUAGCCCGGGCCAUUUUCCACAAGGUCCUUGAUAUGGAGCGCUGCCACCAGCUGGAAAUAAAACGGAAACUGGAUACCUUAGCUAGGAAAGAGCGGAUUCAGAGGUUGAAGGGAGAACACACAAGGCGAUUUAUUGAGGAUAACAUGCCCAUUCUGACUCCCCAUCCCCCAGCUGGCCCAAAGACUAAUCGUGGCCAUAGCGUUCUGGCUGAGGAAGGACGUUCUAGCCCAUUAAUGCUGACAGCCCCUCGACCAUAUACUGCCCCAGGAAAUAUGCAGCCUCCGGUUCGUCUCCAGCCUCUUCUCAGUAAUCGCCAAACGAGAAAUGGUUCAAAGAUAACUUCAGGGUCCAAACCCAAAACCUCAUUGCUGCAAAGUGAAGCUCCGUUUCCUCUUGGGGGCAAAAAGGCAAUGAUGAAAUUCAGGAACUACAUGGACAAUUCCCAGAAGGAUCUCUACCAACUUCCACACAUUAACAGUUACCAGACACCUGUUCCCCCAACACCCCAGCCCCAAGCAGGAAAGAGCUUCAGGGAGAACAGGUUGGAGUCAUGGAGGAGAAAGAAGCUGCGUCCCAUCACGGCUCCCAAUGGCCUUGAGCCUCUCUUUGGCAAGGAUCCUGGAAGGAUUUAUAAAACAGCACCGCAUAGCAAUGCAGUUAUCACAAUGGUCUAUUUUGGAAAAAAUGUGCACCUAUCUUACGAUGACAUAGACUUCCGAGAUGAAAUCAAGAUUUACCAACAGCACUGUGGAGGAGAGAACCUUUGUGUCUACAAAGGGAAACUUCUUGAGAAAGACACCUUUCAGUUUAUCUCCAAACGCCACCACGGUUUCCCCUUCAGCCUCACCUUCUUUCUGAAUGGGAUUCAGGUGAACAGGAUCAGCUCCUGCUGCGAGUUCAAGCACCGCAGGAGCUCCCGCCUGGGAGGCAAGAGAGGCUACUUCGGGUUUGUGUGUGUGGAGAAGGCAUCUCCUUGCUACAGAUGCAUUAUUGCAAUGGGCCUUGACAGAAAACCAUCUUCAAUGAAACCUAAGAAGGAAAAGAUUUCUGAGAAAAAGGAGGAGCCACUGAAGAAGAGUCAGGGGAAACUGAGGAAGGACAGAGAGAAUGCACCAUCAAAAAGGAAUGAGAUGGAGAGAAAAGAGUCCUCUGUCUCAGCUGCAUUUUCAGCUGAGGAAAUAAAAUUAGGGGUCAAAGAAGUAAGGACAGCUAUUGAGGAAAUGGAGUGGAAGGGCAAGUCAGGACAAGACAUCUGGGAAGAGGACCAGGACAACACUGUUAAAUACGACUAUGAAGAAGAUUUUGAAAUAGAUGAGGAAAAACAAGAUGAGAAGCUGGACGAAGAGGACCAGGGUGGUGACCAGAUGAGUGGGAGAUCCAGGUCACCCACCGAAGGUGACAGAGAUAACCUAAACCCAGAAAAGGAGAUUGAGACCUCUUCAGAGAAGGCCGCAGAUGCCCCUGACAGUGAGAACUUCGAUGAUACUGGAUGCUCAGACAGCGAAGAGGAUGACAGACAAGAUGUGAAAACCAUGUCAUCAAUCUCAUCUAGAAGUCACCCCGAUUCUAGCGAAAGUGAAGAUGAGUCUACGGAGGUGGGCGGGGACGGCGACUCCAUAAACAGUGAAGGGGAAAGUUCCAGAAGUUCCUAUUCUCAAGAUGUGCGGGAAAACGAUGACCCAGGAAAACCAUACUUUCCAGCCGAGGAGUACGUGGAAACUGAGAUCGAAGAGCAAGAAAUAACAAAACUAGAGGGAGAUAACGGACCUUGGUUGACAGAGCUCAGCGGUAUGCAUGUUACUGAGGGGAAACCAACAAAGGGAACCCAAGCUUUAUCUGAGAGUGAGUCCAAGGAGUCCAGGCGGGCAGCUUCUUCAGAGGUGAGGGCUAAGAGUGAGCUCCAGAAGGAAGCAGGUCUCCCUGGGGUGGAAGAAGAGGGUAAGUACAGCCCAUUUGAACAGAAAACAGGUGAAGCCAGUGAACCUGGUCACUGCCGCUCUCACACUGCACCUGGACUUAGCCCCACAAAUGACGGGGUGAUACCCACGAGGAAACCAGAGGUCAACUUGAGCAGAGUGGCACCUAAUGGAAAUGUAAGGAUAGAGGAAAGAGCAGCCAUUGGCUCAAAUGAGCAACCCAAGCAAGCUGCACAAGAGAUGCUCACACUGAAAGAAAAAGCCAUGGAAGAAAAUGAAUCUUUCCAGCCUGAGGAUACUAAUGCCUAUGCGGGAGUAAAGGAGGAAGCAGUGAUGGAGGAAGCAGGUACCUGCCAUCCCCAGGAUGCUGACAUGGAUGCAGGAUUGGGAGAGAGAGUAGGGAUGCAGGAAGAUGAUGUCCACCAUCCCCAGGAUGCUGACAUGGAUGCAGGACUGAGGGAGAAAGCAGGGAUUUCAGAGCUUCCCUUAGGGGAGAAGAGCCCACCAGGAGAUCUGCCAGCAUCAGCAGAACAGUCUACAGAGAAAGGGGAGUGCCCUGUAAGAAUAGCUAGUGAGCCAGAGGCAGGCACAGAAGAAGGGAGUAGCAGGCAUGAGUUGGAACAGUUGAUCCCCACAGGAAAGGUAGCAGCAGAAGCCUCUGUGUUUGUAAGUGUAGAGCAGGCUGUAGACAGACAGAGGGAUGAGGACCCAGACAGGCAAGCCUUGCUGCAGACAGGACUGGGGGAAGGAAGAGCAGUUUCUGAAGGGGGUCAAGGAUUGGAGAAAGCAGCAUUCACAGACAGCACAGGGUUCAGCUCAGAGACUCUUAGAGAAGCAGCAGUUCUGAAAGAAGGGACUUGUGAAGUGAAGGAGGCAGAGAGGGAGGUGGGCUUUCCAAAACCAGAUGGAGACCAAGGUGAAGAGGGAGCUCUUACAGCGCUGGAGGUCAUGGGGCCUGUGGAGGACACAGGGCCAGAGAGAAAGGAGGGUUCUGAAGAGGCAGUCGGGGGAGAAAGAGCAGCCAUGGAGAGGAAGGAAUUUCUGGAAGCAGAAGCUCCUUUCAGCUCCUCAACAGGAGAAGCACAAGCAAGCCCCAGGGAAGUUUUCCUGGGCAACCAUGAGGAACUCUGUAAGAAAGACACAGCAAGGGAGGGAGUCAUAGCUGACACACAAUCCACCAUGGAACAGGAUCUUCAAGCCAUUUUCCACGGGGAAUUAGCUGCAGCUGGAGGCAUGGAGAAAGUUGACGCGCCUCUGAGGGAAACUGGAUCUGAAAGAGAAGAGGAGUCAGGGGCCAAGGCCCUGAAGACAGAAGACUUUUUAGAAGAGCAAGGGGUUAAAGGGGAAGAGGAGGGCACAGUAAGUGAAGUCGGCUUUGAGGAAGAGGCUCCUGUAGUCCUCCGUGAGAAUGAGAUGGAGGCUGAUGCGAAGGAUGCAGGACCCACAGGGGCAAUUGAGUUGGGGGAGGAUACAGAACUUCUAGAAGACCCACCCAAAGAAAGAACCGUGACCUUGUUUGAAGCAACACCUCAGUUUGAGAAAUCACCGAAAGAGAGUGAAGCCGCAGCCACAGAGCACAAAGGAGAAGAGCUGCCAGGCCAGGAGAGAGAGGCUCUUCGACAUCAGGGGAGGGGGCUCAGCCAUGAUGGAGAUGGGCUGUUAGGAACUCCUGAACCUGAGCCAGCAGACAAAGCGCAGGGAUCAGAGGGCUUUUUCACGGCCAGAGGUGAAGAGUGGGCUGCCAAGGAGCUGGACAGCCAUGCAGGGCCGGAGAGACUGGAGGAACAUGGGCAUUUGCAAGUACAAGGAGGAGGAGACAUUAUGAGAGUGAACCAAAGAAAUCUUCCUGAGGAAAGGCUCACCAGGGCAGUGGUGGUCUGUAGAGAAGCCGAGAGUGAGAAGCCGCAGGGGGAAGGGAGUGAGGAUAAAGAGUGCCCUCCAGGGACAGUGACUGACAGCCUGACAGGGCAGAACUGGACCAUGGGAAGCAGCACAGUCGAGGCCGAGGAGGAGGAUCCGCAUGGACGAGGAAUCGAAGAAACAGCUCCAGAGCGGAGGGAGGAGUCCGCAGAGUCAAAGUCAGCUGAUGGUAUCCUUGUGGCCUCCUCCUCUGUGGAUGCUCAGAAGGAAACCUGGGACAGAGCAGGUGAGGCUCUAGGAGAAACAGCAGCCAAAGACAGGACGGUGACUGAAGACAUGAGGCCCAGAACGGAGAAGGUAGCAGUGGUGGAGGAAGUGACAUCAGCAGGGGCUAUGGUAGAGACCGAACAGGAACAGGAUCCUGACGUGCAGGACUCAAGGCCUGCGGAGGACAGAGAGGGAGGGGAAGGAAAGGCUUUUCAGCAUGCAGGUACGGGUUCGGCUGGGGAGGAGACAGGGGCUACAAGGGAGGAAGAAGGCCAGUCAGGAGCAGCAAAAGAGUUCAGAGGAUCAGUGUCUCAGACAGAGACAGCUUAGCAGAGUGUGUCUAGAGGCAGCACCUCCAAGGAAACUGGAACUGGAACUCAGAAGAAGCAUCUGGAAAGACUGCAAGGAGAACUGGAGAGGGCAGAUGUUCCCUUGAACACAGCUGAGUAGGAGGUCCCGUGGCAGAUGGUGAGCUGCAGUCUGCUGUGUUUCCAGGACUUCUAGAAAGCUUUCGUGGCUCUCCUGUCUGCGACGCAGGCUUCACUGGUGUCUGCUGUGUUCUUAUGUGUUCUUCAGCUCUGGCUACUUAGCCUCAAGCUGGCCGGACGGGUCUGGUGGACACGGGGAGGGGUUAAAACAUGCAGAGGAGGCGGAUCAGCUCUCUAUGUGGCCCUUUACUCACAUCCAUCUUUGGAAAU